UUUGCCUAUAUAAAGGAAACCACUCAAGCUCUCUUUAUUGUGUGUCCAACAACAUUCUAGCAAGUGUCAAAUAUUUCUCCCUACACACCAAAUUUGCUUCCAAAUUUUUAGCCUUCAACACCUUCUUGGCUGCUGCCUCUUAAGAAUUCUCCAAAUUGUUAGCAUUACACUACAGAUAUAUAUAUAUAUAAUAUAAUACUUUCAAAAAAAUUCGAUAUUUUCCCUUAAAAACUCAUUGUGUUAGAUUAAAUUUCCAUAAUAAUCGCAUAAUCAUACCUAAAAAUUAGUUUUAUUUUUUUAUGGCUCAGACCGACGAAAAAAUGAGUUUGAUUGUUGCUGAUGCCCUUGAUUAUAAGGGUAAUCCUGCUGACCGCACAAAAACUGGUGGUUGGAUUCCUGCCGCUCUUAUUUUAGGCAUUGAAAUGUGUGAAAGGCUGUCAACAAUGGGAAUAGCAGUGAAUCUUGUGACAUAUCUAACAGGGACUAUGCAUCUUCCAAGUUCAACCUCAGCAAAUGUUGUCACUGAUUUCAUGGGCACUUCCUUUCUCCUCUGCUUACUUGGUGGCUUUUUAGCUGAUUCCUUUCUAGGAAGAUUCAGAACUGUUGCAAUUUUUCCAAUCAUUCAAGCUCUGGGAACAGCAAUGCUAGCAAUCUCAACAAAACUACCACAACUUCGGCCACCCCCAUGUGAUCCAAGCAAGAACAUACCAUGCCAAACAGCAACACAAUUUCAAAUGGGAAUCUUAUACUUAGCUUUAUACUUAAUAGCAUUAGGAACAGGAGGUUUAAAAUCAAGUGUUUCAGGGUUUGGAAGUGAUCAAUUUGAUGAAACAGAUGACAAGGAAAAAGCACAAAUGACAGCAUUUUUCAGCAGAUUUUUCUUCUUCAUAAGUUUAGGGACAUUAAUGGCAGUAACAGUACUUGUUUGGUUACAAGAUGAAGUGGGAAGAAGCUGGGCAUAUGGGAUAUGUUCAGUAUCAAUGGGAAUAGCUAUUAUAAUAUUUUUUUGUGGGACCAAAAGGUAUAGAUACAAGGAGAGUAUGGGUAGUCCAAUUGUUCAUAUCUUCCAAGUUAUAUCAGCUGCUGUUAAAAAAUCAAGGAUGAAAUUGCCUUAUGAUGUCAACUUCUUGUAUGAAGAUACCCCUGAAGGACAAAGGGUUCCGCACACUCAACAAUUUGGAUGCUUGGACAAGGCAGCCAUAGUAGCAGAAGGUGAUUUUGAGAACAUGCAUGGUGGUUCAUCAGCUCCCAUUGCAAACCCAUGGAAGGUUUGUUCAGUAACCAAAAUCGAAGAGGUUAAAAUGAUGGCAAGAUUGCUACCUGUUUGGGCAACAACCAUAAUAUUUUGGACAACUUAUGCACAAAUGAUCACGUUCUCAGUUGAGCAAGCAUCCACCAUGGAAAGAUCAAUAGGAAGCUUCCAGAUCCCAGCUGGCUCACUUACUGUCUUCUUUGUAGCAGCUAUCCUUCUCAGUUUAGCCAUCUAUGACCGUGUUAUUGUUCCUAUUUGGAACAAAUGGAAAGGCAAACCAGGGUUUAGCAGCUUGCAAAGAAUAGCAAUAGGGUUAGUCAUGUCAACACUAGGAAUGGCAGCAGCAGCAAUGGCAGAAAAGAAAAGAUUAUCUGUAGCAAAAGCAGUAGGAAGAGAUACAGAAACACUUCCAAUAAGUGUUUACUUCUUAAUACCACAAUUCUUCCUUGUUGGUUCAGGGGAAGCCUUUAUUUACACAGGACAACUUGAUUUCUUCAUCACACAAUCACCCAAAAGCAUGAAAACAAUGAGCACUGGUCUUUUCCUUACAACACUUUCUCUUGGAUUCUUCUUAAGCAGCUUCUUAGUAUCUGUUAUUAAGAGUGUUACGGCGAAUCGAAACAGUGAAGGAUGGCUUGCUGAUCAUAUUAACUAUGGAAAGCUUCAUUACUUCUAUUGGUUAUUGACUUUACUAAGUUUGAUCAACUUUGUUGUGUUCAUGAUUUGUGCUAUUUGGUUUAAGCCUCCUAAGAAGAAUGGUACUAAUUUUAUGAAGGUUUCUAAUGCCAAUGAUGGGUCUUUUGAUGGGGAUGCGAGUAAGUGUUAGGUUGAGCUCAAACAUAUAUAAAUGAAGUUUCAUGGAGUUUGGUGAAGGAAAAAAAAAAUUUGGUUUAAUUUGGUGUCAUACUUGGAGUUAAAGUUUUGAUGCUUGUAAUUUACCUCCAAAUCGUUGAUGUAUAGUUUUAUUAUUCUUCUUAUCCAACGUCUAAGUUUGGUUGUUACUUAUAUAAAAUCUUAUUUUGCCUUCUUU